AAUGAGAAUGAUUUUUGGCCUUCCAUUGUUUUAAUCGUGUGGCUUGGAUCUUCAAUUUUGGCUUCAAAAAAACGCACGUGAGUAAUGCGCGGAGUCAUUAAAAAAAGAAAGAGUGCAUUAAGAAACUACCGGAAGGGCAAAGAAGUAAAAGCAUGUGGCGAGUAAUAAUGGCGGUUGGGCGCACUACUUUUUAUAUGGAAAGAAAUCCCGGCUAAUGUGCCGGUAUUUUUGAAAGAAGAGAAGUGGCUAGUGCAGAGUUCUACUACAGACAGAGCUCGAACGACGCUUGGAAGAAGCAAUCCACCACCAGCGAAACCCUAUGAAGGCGUGGAAUAACAAUGGCCUCAACGAACGAAAACGAUGGAGCAUCAGGAAGUGGCAAGAGUGCAACAGAUAUGCGGGGAACAAGAUUGCAGAGUGUUAGGAAAGCUAAGGGAAAGAGAUCCAAUGAGUCAGCUCGGAAUGAAUUUGAACAGAUUAUAGUAAAGAGACAGAGAAAACAAGGAGAAGAACAAGAAAGUGAUGAUGACUUUGAGGUUCAACCCCGUCAUGGUGGUGUCGAUACAGAGUUGGUUGAAAAUAAGGCCAAGAAAAUAAGUAUAAAAGAGAUCAAAUCUGGAUAUAGGUCAAUACGUACGAGAUCAUCACCACAUGUUUUAGCUAAAGCUCUGAGUGGGAUGACAGAAGCUCAGAAAGCAGAUGUUAAAAGCAUAGGAUUUGGUGCAUUGUUUGAUCUGGAUAUUGCUGAAAUCCCUGGGAAGCUAGGUUAUUGGGUGCUUGACAGCUUUGAUCCAAAGAAAUGCUCAUUAGUGCUGCCAGAUGGGACUAAUGUGCGUAUAACAGAGCUUGAUGUGACACGAGUAUUGGGGUUCCCUUUAGGAGGAAAAACAAUUGCCCAAAAGAAGAAAAAUGAAGAUUGUGCUUUUCUACAAGACUGGAGAGCAAUAUUUAACAAAGAAGAAUCAAAGAUUAGCCCAUCCGAUGUUAGUGCUGCCAUGCUUAGCAAGAGUGAAGGAGAUGACUGGUUCAAAAGGCAUUUCAUUGUCCUUGUUGUGUAUUUGCUACUUGAUAACACACAGAAUGGGUAUGUGAAUCCAAUCAUAAUGAACCAAUUGGAAGAUGUUGAUCAGAUUAUUAGUGAACUGAAAUGGUGUGACCACGUUCUUAAUUGUUUAAUUGAGAACAAAGUUUCAUGGGAGAAGAAGUAAGAAAAAGCCUUUACUGGCCCAUUGUUGUUUUUAAUAAUAGAGAGGACUUCACCAGUUCUGAAAGGGUGGAGCGGAAAACUACGUAAAGAUAGAGAAUUGAUGGAAAUAGAGACUGGGGGAUUUGGGAUGGGCUACUGUGAAGAGCCAAUGAGUAUUGAAGGGUGUUCAAUGAACAAUGAAUUGAAUUCUAAAAAUAAAGCGGAUGACAAAGGUGCAAGCAGCCAAGGAACGUUGGUGCAAUCUACUCCUACUGAAAUUGCUGAGGAAUUUUUGAUCCGAUUCGCAAACUAAAGCAAAUUGCUGGAAGAAACUGUUGUUGAUGUGAUCAACAUGUGUGAACAAGCUCCAAGGAUCUUAAUUGAAUCAGAAAAGUACAAAAAAAUGCAAGAAGCUGCAAAACAGUUGAUUGGUCUUGGAAAGAUGAAGAGAGUGGUGGAAGGUGUAGAAGAAAUAGAUGUUAGAUGUACCGCAGAGAUAGAAGAUGCUUCUUUUUGGGCUGAAACAAUAAGUGCAGUUGAGAGGGUUGAAAGAGAAAAUAUGAAGAAGACAUUGUACGCAAAAGAAAUAGAAGAGCUGCCCUCAUUUUCAAUUGGACUAACACAAG